UUGGUACGGUCCAGCGCUAGCGGGCGCCGAGCGGGAGCCGCGCGGGAGCGGCGCAGCGACAUCGGCGGCAGUGGCGGUGGCGGUUGCAGCUCGGAGCCGUUGAGACGCCUCUGCGGCAGCUGGUGGCGCAGGUGGCCGGCGUGGACGUGGGCAGAAGCGGCCAGCGCGCCCCGCAGCCCCAGCGCCACCGCCCGGCAGGCGCGUCGGGACACCCCGAGGCAUCCUCCCCCGCCCGCGGGCCCGCCAGUCCCUGCUCGCGCCUGUGCUCGCAUCUCCUGAUCGCGGCUGCGCUGCUCCCCCUUCUGGUCUUGGGACUCCCGGCGUCGCCCCUCAAACAUGACUCGCGAUUUCAAACCUGGAGACCUCAUCUUCGCCAAGAUGAAAGGUUAUCCUCAUUGGCCAGCUCGAGUAGAUGAAGUUCCUGAUGGAGCUGUAAAACCACCUACAAACAAACUACCCAUUUUCUUUUUUGGAACCCAUGAGACUGCUUUUUUAGGACCAAAGGAUAUAUUUCCUUACUCAGAAAAUAAGGAAAAGUAUGGCAAACCAAAUAAACGAAAAGGUUUUAAUGAAGGAUUGUGGGAAAUAGAUAAUAACCCAAAAGUGAAAUUUUCAAGUCAACAGGUAUCAACUAAACAGUCAAAUGCAUCAUCUGAUGUUGAGGUGGAAGAAAAAGAAACUAGUGUUUCAAAGGAAGAUACUGAUCAGGAAGAAAAAGCCAGCAAUGAAGAUGUGACUAAAGCUGUCGACAUAACAACUCCAAAAGCUGCCAGGCGAGGAAGAAAGAGAAAGGCUGAAAAACAAGUAGACAUUGAAGAGGCGGGAAUGGUGACUGCAGCAACCGCUUCUAAUGUGAAAGCAAGUCCUAAGAGAGGAAGACCUGCUGCUACUGAAGUCAAGAUUCCAAAACCAAGAGGCAGACCUAAAGUGGUAAAACAGCCCUGUCCUUCAGAAAGUGACAUGGUUAUUGAUGAAGACAAAAGUAAAAAAAAGGGGCCAGAGGAAAAACAACCUAAAAAGCAGCUCAAAAAGGAGGAGGAAGGCCAAAAGGAAGAAGAGAAGCCAAGAAAAGAACCAGAUAAGAAAGAGGGAAAGAAAGAAGUUGAAUCUAAACGGAAAAAUUUAGCUAAACCAGGGGUUACAUCAACCUCUGAUUCAGAAGACGAAGAUGAUCAAGAAGGUGAAAAGAAGAGAAAGGGUGGAAGAAACUUCCAGACUGCUCACAGGAGGAACAUGCUAAAAGGCCAACAUGAGAAAGAAGCUGCAGAUCGGAAACGAAAGCAAGAGGAACAAAUGGAAACUGAGCAGCAGAAUAAAGAUGAAGGAAAGAAGCCAGAAGUUAAGAAAGUGGAGAAGAAGCGAGAAACAUCAAUGGAUUCUCGACUUCAAAGGAUACAUGCUGAAAUUAAAAAUUCACUCAAAAUUGAUAACCUAGAUGUGAACAGAUGCAUUGAGGCACUGGAUGAACUUGCUUCACUUCAGGUAACAAUGCAACAAGCUCAGAAACAUACAGAGAUGAUCACAACCCUGAAGAAAAUACGUCGGUUCAAAGUCAGUCAAGUUAUCAUGGAAAAGUCUACAAUGUUAUAUAACAAGUUUAAGAAUAUGUUUUUGGUUGGUGAAGGAGAUUCUGUCAUCACUCAAGUGCUGAACAAAUCUCUUGCUGAACAAAGACAGCAUGAGGAAGCAAAUAAAACCAAAGAUCAGGGGAAGAAAGGGCCAAACAAAAAGCUAGAAAAGGAACAAACAGGUACGAAGAGCCUAAAUGGAGGAUCUGAUGCUCAAGAAAGUAGUCAUCCUCAACACAAUGGUGACAGUAACGAAGACAGCAAAGACAGCCGUGAGGCCAGCAGUAAGACCAAGCCACCUGGAGAAGAGAGAGAGGCUGAGAUAUCUCUGAAGGAGUCUACAGUAGAGAACUAGGCUGGCAGACUUGAGAUGUAAACAGUAUGUGAGAAGUCUGUCGUGAGUGACUUCAUUUGAAAUACUUAGGCUGCUGAAAGGUUUAAAGUUUUAUAAGCAUAGGUUUUGAUGUUUAAGUAGUGGGGGGGGGGGGAAGAAAAACCCUUUAUAUUUGUGUAAAAGUCAAUUAUUGCUAAUUUUCCGUGUGCAGUAUUAACAGCUCUGUCAUCUAGUUUAAGAGUAAGGGAAACCUACUUAGAAAGGUUAACCUGCUUUAUAGACACGACGGUAAUGUAUUUUCAGUUAGUGUGUACGUUAAUGUGUAAUUGGUAGUAGGGCGGUUACGUUUUAAAACUGCUACUUGUAUAAACCUUUCCUCUUUCCCAAAUACCGUGGGUUUUGUGCAUAGUUUUUACAAAUAUUGGAUUUACCAGACUGUCUUUUCACUGUUUGUGGGUUUUUUAGAAGUUGAGCAUUUUUAUGGAUGAUAAAAUGAAUGUUACUUCUAAGUACUCACUCCUUUUAUCAGAAGUUAACCUCAGUCCAUUGUGCUACAUUAGCUUGCUCUUUGUAAUAAUGUGUAGUUUGUAUGACAACUAGCUAUCCACCAGGUUGUUAUAGAAGGUACAAAUUUACUUUUGAAAGUAAUUUAGUUUUAGGACUGGGAUUUCAGUGGCGUUAGAACUAAAGAGAACAGACUGGUUAUAUAUACAUAUAGGAAGUCCAUCUACAAUCCUUUAUAGCUACUAAUCACAAAAACCUAAAACUAGUUUGUUUUUAAUUUUACACUCAUUAAGGUGUGUCUUUUUUUAAAUUAGAAUCAAUCCAUGAUGCUUAUAAGUGAUAAAUAAGGAAACUAAACCUAAUUGAAAACAUGGCCAUAUUGGAAUGGGAUUUUUAGUUUCUCUAUCAGACAUAUCAGAGGAUACAGAAAAAACAAACAUCAGUUGCUCCAAGGUAGUAACCAGAUAGUCCAUACACACAAACAUGGACUAUCACUCUGUUAAAUUAAGGGAUAACAUUUCAAAGGUAUUCUGAGUAAUCAAGUCAGUUGUUGGUUUUUAUUAGGUACAAAAGUUCAUCCUUAUGCUUUGAAAUUCCAUAGGAAAGUGACUUAAUACCAGUGUUUGUGUGUGAUGCAAUUAAAUAUGUUCUUGAUUUCUCAGAUAAUUAUUUUCAUCUAUGUAAAACUUUUUAAAUUACUUCAAUAAUUGGACUUUUGCUUUGAUAGCUCUUACAAUUUAACUACUGUUUUGAGCAAACGCUGUACAUUAUAUAUACAUCAGUCUUCUGUUUUGUCCUUAGUACAUUUUUAACUUGGACAAAAAUUAUUCUAGUUAAGCCAUAAGUGUCAAUGUGUAAAUUGUUUUAAUUAAAAAGUGUUUUCUACCAAACUCUAUUAGUAAAUUAUUAUUACUAAAGGAAUUCUCCAUUUCCGGCUAAGGAAGUAGUAUCUUCCUUAGCUGUCACUAAGACCCUGCUAGGGGACACAGGAGCUAUGCAGUAGUUAACUCAGGAGAGAACUGUCACUUGCCUUGUGUUCCCUUUUCUUCCCUAACCACAGGUGUUAGUUUCAUCAACAAGCUACAGAACACCCACCUUCAGAACACUUACUGGCACUCACUCCUAGGUUAUGUACCUACUUGGGAGGCUGCCUUGCUCUGACCAUGUAUGUUCAUUUUCAAGCACAGCUUCCUUUUUAAUUUGGAAUAGUCUGUCAUGCUAAUUCACAGACAAGCUAUCACUCUCAAAACUCUGAUAACAUAACUUAUUUAGAAUGUAUUUGGUUAUACAAUGGCUGAACUAAGGAUCUAGCCAAUGAGAUAGCCACCUCUCCCACUGUGUACACUAUGCAUGUAUAAUGUGCAUGUAUGGAUACCUAUUUUGAUUUCUCAGCUGCUUGGAUCAAUUUCAGAUAUCUCCCUUACUGAGAGAAUCUGGUUGCAAGCUUGUAUGUAUAAGGAAUUUGACCAGAGCUCAUCUGACCACAUUUGCUAUUAUAGUUAGGAAUUCAAUAGCAUAGUAGAUAUUACCAAGGCCAUAAUGUGAUACACUAAAACCUUCCUAUUCAUAUCAGCUUACCUGAGUAAAGAUGCCAGGUGAAGACAAGUCUGCCAUCCUGUACGCAGAGCAAGGGCGUCAAUGAACGACUUUUAUUCCUUUGGUCAGAGAAUAUGCAAAUAGCAAAAUUGUAGCUUGAGACCCUUAAGAAAUGAGAGUUACUAAAAAUGUGCUUAAAUUUGUGUCAUGUAAAUUCUCCAACAGAUAUUAGAGAUGACUGCCCCCUGCUGUAAAACUGCAAAGUAUAACCACCCUUAAAGAAUUGUGAAGCAAAAGCAAGAUGCUUAAGGAAACAGCUAUUUUCCAUGCAGGUGUAUCCACAGGGAUGUUCACUGACAAAGUUGUUCCAUUCAUAUUUACCUAAGUCCUUAAAGUGACACAUGAAAUUUGAUGUUAUAUUUAAGAGAUUGAUACUGGCAUAAAGAAAACUGGGGGCUUUAUAGCUUGUAAGUAUAAAGUUGAAUUCUUUUGAUGUGAACUAGUUGAGAUACCUAUAUAAGUGGUAACUGGAGUAACAUGGCUAGCCUUUCUUCAUUUUCACCAUCAAAGAAAUAGAAGGUAUGUGGACUUUUGGUGAAAAAGAAGUAGAAUAGCAUUCUCAAUAAAUAAGGAUUCCAUAGA